AUGAUCUCCAUCAAACUCGCUCGCCACGGUCUCAAGAACACCCCCUUCUACCACAUCGUCGUCUUGCAGAGCAGAUCGCGGCCCACCAGAAAGCCCAUUGAGCAGCUCGGAACAUACAACCCUAUCCCCAACAAGGAUGGCUCCAAGGACAUCUCUCUGAAUUUUGAGCGCGCAAAGUACUGGAUCGGUGUCGGUGCCAAGCCCAGUGAAUCCGUUGCCCGUAUUUUGGCCAAGGCUGAUAUUAUCCCACCGCGACCCAGACCCGGCAUGCCCAACCCCAGCCCUUCAACCCCUAUCAACGCUCCCACUACCCCUUCUGCAUAA